UCAUGUUCUGUUUCCACUUUCCACUGUUUGAUCGUUUGUUCAAUAAUUUCAGAGGAAUAGGAUUCUUGAAGGUUUUGGAAAUAAUUGAUAGUUAUCAAAAAACAAAAUUAUUAAACAUUUUUAAAAUACUUAAUAAUUUAAAAAAAAAUGCGAGAAAUUUCUGUUUCCAAAAUGAAAAUUUGGUAUCAAGAAUCAUCAUUACUUGUUUGACAAUGGCAAUGAGGAAAAGAUCUGGCUCUGGCUCUAAACGUCAGCACAAGGGUAAAUUAGUACCAAUUUAUGAAAGUUUCUUCAAAGGCGAGGACUUGACAUUAGCACAUCCAAAUUUUUGGAAUGAAUUGUUUCUCAUGAAGCCCUUGGUACCUCACAUCGAAAGUGAAAUAUUGCGUAUGACAAAUGACCAAUUAAUCAUCAGCAAAAAUAAUAUAAAUUCAUUAGUGGCUCAUUGCGUUGAUACUCUCGUUGAUGAGCAUCCAUUUCGUGUCGUUUAUGCAUUGCAAACAUUAUCAUCCGUUAUACAAUCAAUGUAUAAAAAAAUAAAACAAGAUGAUAUUGAAUUCAAUUUGGUUGAUGUACUUUUUGGUUAUGAUACAGCUGAAAAACGUAUGAGACAUUUAAUGAGACAUUGCAAUAAUUUUUUAACCGGUGAAUAUCCAGAUAAUCUUAAAUCUCUCUGUUUAAAGUUGAUACUUAUUAUAGUCAGUGGUACAGAUAAUAUAAGUCAAAAUAAUUUACUCGAAUAUGUUAUGAUUGAUGGAGUUUUCGAAUCAUUGAUUCAAUUUCUCAGAGGUACUAUAGCCAGAAAUCGGCACGGUCAUGAUGCAGUAUUAUUAUUGACACUUUUAAUCAAUUACAGAAAAUAUGAAAGUGCUAAUCCAUAUAUUGUCAAAAUAUCAAUUCUUGAUGAUGAACUUGCACUGAACGGUUAUGGACAAGUUAUAUCGAGCUCAUUGGGCGAUUUUUGUCGUAAUUUUGUACAACAAAAAACAGAUGUACAAGCAUCAUGGCUAUCAUCAUUCACAAAUAUAGUUGGUAGUAUAUUUGUAGGCGAUGAAGAAGCUAAUAAUCAACAAGUACGUGCAAAUAAUCCAUUGCUACUUGCACUCUACGAAGCAACUCAUUUAAACAGAAAUUUCGUAACAACAUUAGCAUUUACACAGAGUGAUACAAGUGCACCGCCUUCACCAAAUAAUACACUUGGAUCAAAUACAGUACCACCUGGUUCGCAAACAGUUGACAAUGUAACACAGCCAUUCAAUUUACUUGCAACAUUUUUACAAUAUUGUUCCAUUGUUAUGCAAGUUAUCAGAACAGAAGCAAUAUUAAAUAAUGUUAAAUUAUGUUUUCUAAUAUUAAGCUGUAUUGCUGAGGAUCAAUAUGCAAAUAGUUUAAUGCAUGAUGCUAAUUUAGCCUUUAGAGUACAGUUACAUCGUGUACAAAUGCAUCAUAGAAAAAUUAAUGAUAAAAUUGCUCCAACGCAACCACUCGCAGCAACAUUAUUGGAUUUAUUGGUUGAAUUUAUAACAUCACAUAUGAUGAAAAAAUUUCCAUUGGAAUUGUAUCAUCAGUGCAUUGGUGUAUUACAAAGAUUACUUUGUUACCAAAGAAGAUGUGGUGUAAGACUAGGUUAUCAUUGGAAAGAUCUUUGGACUGCAUUAUUUAAUUUACUUAAAUUUUUAACAACACAUGAAGCACAUUUAAUUAAGAAAAUGAAUAUUUUUCCAUUGGCAAUACAGGUUGUUAAUAUCUUGAAUUUAUUUAUAACAUAUGGUGAUACGUUCUUAUCACAACCAACGAGUUAUGAUGAACUUUUUUAUGAAAUUAUUAGAAUGCGACUUAUUUUUACAAAUUUAAAUGCCAUGGCAUUAAGAUAUUCAACAGCAGAAUCCUACGAACAUAAAGAACAUGCCUCGAAAUUAAUGAAUAGUCUUGUAAAUAUGCGAGAUAUUGUUAAUCAUUUUCCUCCAAAAAUAGCAGCUUGGUUGGCUAGUGAAAGUUUGUCAACACCGACUGAACAGCAAAUUAUGGAUAUAAUUAUAAAAAAUUAUGAUACGUUAGGAUUAAAAUUACAAGAUAAUCUCGAUCAAUAUGAACGAUACACUGAAAAACCACGUCAUACAUUAUUUUUUGAAGAAAUGGUUACCGGGGUUAUUAUUGAUACUCGUAAUUCUAUUGAUCUCACCGCACUUGAUACACAAGCAAUACUUCAAGAGCUACCAAAUAUUUCGUAAUUUAUUCAUUUCCAAAGGUUUAUCAUUGAAAAUAACAAUUUAAAAGUAACUUGGCACUAAAAAAAAAAUAACUGCUAAUCAAGUGAUAAGAAAAGUCCAAUAUUAAAAUGAAUAAAUAAAACAAAAUAAUUGAUAAUUGAUAACAAUAAAUAAUAAUAAUAAUCGAAGAUUUAUAUAUUUAAGGUUGAUUCCAAAUACCUGAAUUUUUUGUAGACUUGCGUUUUUUUGGCUUAUUUUCUAAAUGGAAUAAUUAUCUAUGUUGUCAAUUUUUCAGAAUUUUUUAUUCUUAGCCUUUUUUGCUAUAUUUUCUAUCAAAGUUGACGACUUUAAGGCCUUAUGUGAGUCCCAAGGUAGGACAAUUCUUUGGGUUCAGACUUCAGAGAGGCAACCUUGUAACCAUGGUCCAAGAAGACUAUUGAGAAAGGAGGUGAAGAUGAAUGUUCGUAUCUCUUUCGAUCUCGUUGAAAUAUAUAUAAUUACUUAACUAAUAAAUAAUAAUAAAUAAGGAUAAAAAACAUGUUU